CCGGUUCCGGCGGGGCUUGGCUCGGUCUUUUUCUGUGCAGGGCCGCGACUGGAGCGGCCGCGGAGCUCGUGUGUCUGAACUAUCCGGUGCCAUCCUCGUCGCUGCGGCGACACCCGCACCAACCGUCGUCAUGACUGAGCAGAUGACACUUCGUGGCACCCUCAAGGGCCACAACGGCUGGGUAACCCAAAUCGCUACCACCCCGCAGUUCCCGGACAUGAUAUUGUCCGCCUCUCGAGACAAGACCAUCAUCAUGUGGAAGCUCACCAGGGAUGAGACCAACUAUGGCAUUCCACAGCGUGCUCUGCGGGGUCACUCCCACUUCGUUAGUGAUGUUGUCAUCUCCUCUGAUGGCCAGUUUGCCCUCUCAGGUUCCUGGGAUGGAACCCUGCGCCUCUGGGAUCUCACAACGGGCACUACCACGAGACGAUUUGUAGGCCAUACCAAGGAUGUGCUGAGUGUGGCCUUCUCCUCUGACAACCGCCAGAUUGUCUCUGGAUCCCGAGACAAAACCAUAAAGUUGUGGAAUACUCUGGGUGUAUGUAAAUACACUGUCCAGGAUGAGAGUCACUCAGAGUGGGUAUCCUGUGUUAGGUUUUCACCCAACAGCAGCAACCCUAUCAUUGUCUCCUGUGGCUGGGAUAAGCUGGUGAAGGUGUGGAAUUUGGCUAACUGUAAGCUGAAGACUAACCACAUUGGCCAUACAGGCUAUCUGAACACUGUGACUGUCUCUCCAGAUGGAUCCCUCUGUGCUUCUGGAGGCAAGGAUGGCCAGGCCAUGUUGUGGGAUCUCAAUGAAGGCAAGCACCUUUAUACGUUAGAUGGUGGGGACAUCAUCAAUGCUCUCUGUUUUAGCCCCAACCGCUACUGGCUCUGUGCUGCCACAGGCCCCAGCAUCAAGAUCUGGGACUUGGAGGGCAAGAUCAUUGUUGAUGAACUGAAGCAAGAAGUUAUCAGUACCAGCAGCAAGGCAGAGCCACCCCAAUGUACCUCUCUGGCCUGGUCUGCUGAUGGCCAGACGCUGUUUGCUGGCUACACAGACAACCUGGUGCGAGUGUGGCAAGUGACCAUUGGCACCCGCUAGAAAUUUAUGGCAGAGCUUUAGAAAUAAAAAAAAACUUGGCUUUCUAAAA